CCUGAGAGAGGAGGCCGUCGGGAGCACGCGCGCGCUAUCAAAAGCAGUAGUCCGCAACGAGCGGCCCUCUCGGUGACGGCUGCUACACGUAACUGCAUUUUCUCUCCGCGAGCUUGUUAUCGCAAUAUUGAAAAGAUCGCCAGCGUAUGUGUAUUGUAAAACUGCCUGUGUGUCGAGUGAGUGCUUUUUGACACUGGCGAAUCGAGUGCUCGGUGUACAUACGUCGAGUCGUUCGAGAUAACGAGUUGUUGAUAAGCGACGAAUCCGAGAGGAAAAAAAAAUAGUAAUAAUGAGCAAAUCUUCCGGAUGUUUAAAAAUUUUGUAAAAAUCGAGAGUAACCGUGGGCGCGCUCGAGCACUCUUAUACCCUCGCAAGUUUAUACAGUGUAAAAUAGAGAGAGAGAGAGAGAGUGAGUUUGUGGUGAGAUAGAGAGAAGCACAGUUGGGCGCUUGCCUAUACACAUAACAACGUAACACAAAGGAUCAUCAUGACGCUCGAGGACCCCUACUUUGUUGUCAAGGACGAGGUGUCCAAGGCGCUGACCAAGACGCGCGACCUGUUCACGCGGCUGGACGAGCUCAAGCAGGUGGUGUCGCGCUGCGGCAAUCUCAGCGUGCCCGCCACGCCGACCCUGGUCAACACGGGCCUGCCGAUGAUCAUCAACGCCCAGGAGGAGCUCGAGUGGACCAACACGGAGAUCAAGAACGCCCUGAGAUCGAUCGACUGGGACCUCGAGGACCUCGAGGAUACGAUCUGUAUCGUCGAGAAGAAUCCGAGCAAAUUCAAAACUGACCACAAGGAAUUAGCCGUCCGUCGCAUGUUCAUCGACCACACGCGCAAAGAGCUCAAGAUCAUGAAGGACAGAAUGAACAUAAACAGGGACAGAGAUCGCGACCCAUCCGUCAGACAGAGCACGACGAACGACAACGACACGGCGAGUAGGGUGACGCCGAUCAAGGCGCCGCCCCAGGGUCACAAUCACGCCCAGGCCAAGUACAGCAAGCUCCAGACGGCGGAGCCCGGCGAGGACGACAUGAGCAGCCCGCACCGGAUGUGUCUGCAGGACGCCAUGUGCAAUCCGAAUUAUCGGCUGCCCGGCAUGACGCUGGCCGCGCCGAAGAAGCUCACGCACUCGCAGAGCGACAAUACGGGCAUACUCAAGACCGUCUCGAGGCAGAUCGGGUCGCAGGAUCUGGACGAGCGACAAGUGAUGCUGGACGAUCUCGGCAACGAGAUGGAAAUCAUCACGGACUCCAAGUACGACACGACCAUGUCCAAGAUGGCGCGGGUCUUUCAGCUGAGCAACGGCAACUACAAGAACAAGUACGCGCCGGCCCCGACGCAGGCCAACAUGACGCCGCCCCAUCAUCGGCGCAACUUCGGCGGCAAGCAGCAGCAGCUCGACAACGAUUACAAUCGGCAGAUUCCGAAUCCCUGCUCGAUAGCGUCCACCAUAACCAAUUGUUUUUACAUAUGCAAUAGAAAUUAAUUAGAUAGCUACUAUUAAUGCAAUUAAUAGACCGUAUUACACAUUAUGAGCUUUCGCGAAUGGGCGAUUAAUUAAUUAUCUAUUAUUAUUAGCGAUUAUUGAUUUUCAUCGUUAUAUAGAUAAUGUAGAUGUAUUGUAUGUGUGUGUAAUAGAGCGCAGCGACGAUUUACCGAAUAGUCUUAUUAUACAUUAUUAAUAUAGCGUAUACAUGUGUUCAUAAAUUACUAUAACGAUUUUUUCAUCUAUUAUAAGUUUUCUAGUCGAUAGAUCGUAAAUUGUUGUAUUUGUUUCCGUUAUUUUGUUGACUUUUUUCGAUUAUCGCGAUGAAGAUCCGUCUAUCGUUUGAAGGAGCUUGUCUUUUUUUCGACUUAUUUUUCAAAUAUUAUAUUGAAGCUAGCUCGUAACUCUACCAUAGGUAGAAUUUAGUGAAGUAAUUUUUAAAAAGCUCUAAUUACGAAAUCAUAACAACAACAACAACAACAACAACCAAAACCACAAAAAUUGAACGGAGCAAUAUAGUUUAUUUGUGCUUCGCGUUCGGUCCAUUAGUUUAUAAGUUAAUUGCUGAUUACGAAUUUCUAUAUAUGAUACGCGUAUUAUAAUUAUUAUAAAUUUCAAUCGACAUAACGAACGGGACAUUCACAGAGGUGAUAUAUAUUAGUUGAUGUAUUUUUGAAGUAAAUACGCACUUUUUAUGGAUUAUCCAAUGAAACCUAAAAGAGAUUCUUUCUUUUUGUCUCACUCUUUUUUUUUCUUUUCUGCGAAUCAAAGAUGAGAAAAGAAGAAAAUAAAAUAAAAACGCCUACGUAACUGUUAAUCCAGUAUAAAAAUAGUUAUGAUCGUUGUAGCGAUGUAAUAGCAGCGUAUAAAAAGUAAAUCAAUACUAAGAUUAAAGUAUAUUUCUUAGGGAAAAUAUAUAUACGAAAAAUAUAUAUAUGAGGAAAAACAAAAAACGUGUCCAUGCCAAAAAAUUGUCCAUUGUAUGCCAAACGUCAUAAAAAAACGAAUACAUUAUAGUAAGAAAAUAAGGAAGGUAGGGAGCAGCAACGAGUGCAGCAGUGAUUAUAAAAGUUUGCACGAUUUACUCGUGUUGAACACUUACAAUUAUUACGUAAAUAAUAAUAAUAAAUAUUAACACAAAGUAAACAAAUUAUUUUCAUCUCAGAAAAUCAAAUACGAUGAUGCGAUAGACAAGGGAAAAAAUCAAUAAACUCAAUCUAUAUUACUAUAGUAACAUUAAAUUACUAAUAGCGUGUACUUAAAUAAAUCACCAGAGUCCAAGCGUAUUUUACUGUGAAGUUUUAUCUAUUUUUACGGAAUAUGUAAUCGAACUGAUCGUUAUUAUGAAAAUAUUUACGCGGUACUUGUAAGCGUGCGGAGGAUAAUGCGGGCAGUAAAUUGUCAAAAAAUGUAGAGCCAGAGAGAACCGCAACGCAUCCAUGUCUUAUUUGCUCUCGAUUUUUCCGGAUAAAUUUUCAAAACUUAUACUCAGCAUUUACUUAAGUUAUUACUUCGCGUAUACUUGUAACCGAAGAUAUUUUUAGUGCAUUAGUUACUGUAAAAAUGUUCAUUUUUGUAAUUCUUAAAUAAUAUAAGUACUAUUUUUUUAGCAAUUCUAGUCAAUUCAAUCCGUCUAUGAACACGAAUAACUUGGAAUCUACUUAAAUAAGUCACUCUCGUUCUUAACAAAGACUUCGUUUGUACUUGAUUUCAAUUGUUCAGGAACGAUGACCAUUUGUCCAAAAGUACAUUUAAGGGCCAAAGUACGUUAGUAUGUAUGUUUGAUAAUGAAUUAUUUUUUCUGAAUUUUUUGUUAAAAUUAAAUAAGAAUAAUACACUCACUCACAAACACACACUCAUUAUACACAUUAAAAAACUAUUAAAUUAGCAUUCAAAAGUGUGUUUAGUGAUUUUGUAUCUCAGCAAUGUACAUUGGUGACUGUUACUAAUGCAUAUACUUUAGGCAAAGGUAAAAGGAAGAGAUGUAAUUUAUAAAUACACCUUGUUGACUCGAUAUGUAGAUUUACUGUAUUGAUUAAUAAAACUACAUGGAACUAGUUUUACAAAUUA